AUGUCGACGAUCGCGGCGGCCCGGUUCGCCAAGGAUGACGUGGACAUGGAGACAAAGUGGUGGAAGGAGUACCCUUCCAAGUGAGUUUUCAAGACUUUUUUUCAAUGAACAGGGAUAUUUGCGAUUUAUUUCUUAAUAAUAGAUAUAGAAAACCAAAAAAAUUGGUUAAAAUAGCCAGGAUCAAUAAAUCUCAACUUCCUCAGAAAUAAUCUUCAUUUUUCGAUUAAAUUCUAAAAAAAUUUUUCAGAUAUUAUAACGAAUGGUUUUUUUACACCAUUAGAUAGAUAAAAGCUUCUAUUUUUAAAAGACGUUGAUUUUUUCGAAAAAGCUCCAGUAGGAAGAAAGUUAUGGCAAUAUUUGUGAAAGCUCUCAAAGCUUUUUAAUUUUUUUUUCUCCAAUUUUCUGAACAUUUAGUAAAACUUUCUCCACAUGACUUCAUUAUUUAUGAAACUUAUGAAUAUGUUAACUUUCUCGAGAAUGGUUCAGAAGUGGUCAUUAAAGUGAAAAAAAAUCUGAAAGUUGUUUUUUUGGUUCAAAAAAUGCUCUUUGGUGUGUAAUAAAUGAUGGUUGGCGAAAAAAUCUGGUGUCCUCUUCAAGUACCGCUUGAACAACCACUUAAGAGGCCACUAGGAUUUUUCCCAGUAAAAUGGCUCUAUCUCGACUUUUCAGUUAAAAAAUGCUCUUUGGUGAGUAAAAAUUGUUGGUUCGCGAAAAAUCCUAGUGGCCACUUUAGUGUCUUCUCCAAGUAGUUAUUGAGUAACCUCUUAAGUAGCCACUAGAAUUUUUCCCAUUAAAAUGGCCAUUUCUAAACUUUUUCGUUCAAACAUUUUCUUUAGUGUGUAAGAAAUGUUUGUUUGCGAGAAACCCUAGUUUCCACUUUAGUGUCCAUUCCAAGUAGCCCUUGAGUAACCUCUUAAGUAACCACUGAAGUAGUUUCCUAGUAGAUGGAUCCUUUCUCAAUUUGCCAGACACUACGUCGAAAGAGCCCGGCCUCAGAACUACUACGACGAGUACAUUUCCAACAUCUGGAGCAAACCCAAGCGAUUGGCCCGAAGCGCUUCUUUCACCAACAUGACUUACAUCAAGGUAACUUCUUUCUUUAUUAAAACAUCAAAUCGAAAAUUGAAGGACAAGGACAUGGACUACCCGAUUCACAAGUCGGACUCGGUUUCGUCUCUGGCCCCGUCUCUAGCUCUUCCUCAAUACUGCAGGUAUUUUUUUCGAAUCUGAAAUUUUGAAGUCAAUUAUCUACAUAAGUUUCACGUUUUCAAUUGAUUGUUAUUGCUGUGGCUCAUGAAAGUAGAUUACCUUAAUAAAAGAAAAAAAAACUAAAAGCGCGACCAAGGUUCGCAAAGGCGCGCAGCGGCACAGCGGAGUGUCGUUCGGUGAAAUUCCAAGUCGUGGUACACCGGCUAUAAACGCUUAGAAUAAUAGGUGUUCAGAACAAAACAGCAGUUAUGAAUUCUUGUUUCAAAAAGGGGAACCUUUGUUUUGAAAAAGGAAAAAAACGGCUUAUUGAACGUUUACUCAUUUUUUUGAACCUGUUUCAAUUUCAGAGAAGCCCAAAGAAUCGUCCACACCGUCCCAGUGUACAAGCCACACGUACACGACUGGUACAACAAGAGCUACAGUGCGGCUCGUUUCAAGGUUAGUAUAAUUUCUAACUGAAGGUUUUGUAAAGAUUCCCAUGACAAGUUUUCAGAAGAACGGUUUGAAGAGCUCUAGGAAUUCAAAAAACUCGCGUCAAACCUAAUGAAAUCCAUCAAGAGAUUAAGUUGUUACAAAAGUUGAGUUCAGCAGAAAAAAAGGGAACACUUACUGAAAUGAUUGAAACAUGAUAAGUUUAAUGAAACUUUUAAUUAAUUCUGAUAUAGCUCAUUACGUGCUUUUCUCUUUAAGAAAAAAGACUGUGUAAUAAAUUUGACCAAACUUGGUUUCAAGACUCUUUUUAUGGUAUCCUUGCGCAGUUUUGUAGAGCCAAAUUGCAGAAAGAAGCUGGGUUUACGGUAGAUUUUUUUCGGCCGUAAUAUUUAAUGUGACCGUCUGAAAACAGCAUGUAAGAAAAGAGUUCUUAAGUGAUGAGAAGAGCGCAGAAAUGUUCAGCCCUUUUAAGUCUCGAUAAACGGAAUAUACUUAUUCUGCAGGACACCCAUGAAACAGUCAACAAGCCCUACAAACCGGCCGACCAUUCGAUUCUCCACAAGUCCACUCAUGUUCCCUACUACACCUUCCAGACCAAGCGCAUCUUCUUCGAUGAGGUUUUUUUUUGAAUACUUUCAACUUUUUGAUAGUUUCAAUACAUCAAACUCAACAGAAAGCUCGCCAGAAUGCGCCAUAUUUGAACGAAUCCCAGAAGUACUUGGAUCGGUACGUCUCCUCGAGGCUCAAGGUAAGGAAAAUUGCUUCUUUAUGCUAAUAUUCAAAAAUCAAAAAAAAAAGUAUCUGAUAUCAACUAUGAAAAACUGUAGUGGCCACUUAAGAGGUUAUUCACAGACUACUUGGUGAGGACACUGAAGUGGCCACUAGAAAUUUUCACAGUGGACACCAGGAAAGAUUAAAGCCAAAUUCAAAUCAAAUCAUUUAUUUUGUUGUUUUAGUCUGAUGUAAUCGACUAGGCGGUGAACAAGAACUUUCAAAGCUAUAACGAACAACCGCCUUUGGCGAACUAGAAGUCCAAACGUGUAGUCGAAAGAGUUGAAAGCAUGGUCUUACGGUCUUUCGCCUCGUCCUUCUGCGCGUAGUCCAUCCAGUUGCGCCUUGACGAGCUCAGAAUGUUGUGGAUGUUGAGCUGGAGCCCGGAGACCGUGCUCUAGGUGGAAGCCUCAGAAUGAGAGCGACCACUUCGAGUGAAGAUUUUACACGGAAAUGAAGAUUUUACACGGAAAUCCCAAUUCUUUAACCAAUUCUAAAAUUAACCAGAGAAACCAAAAAAGGGUAACAAAUUUCCGAAAAACCCCUUCUAAAUAUUCCAAAUUUUCUCCGAAAAGUCGGAAAAACUGAUUUUUAAGAAUUGGGAUAUUAUGAUGACAUUACGUGAUGAUUACAAAAUUCAAACUUUGAACAAAUUCAGGCCGACGACUACGCGAAUCGAUUCGCAUACUCUGCGUACGAAUGGCGCAAGCCGCAAGAUCACUCUUUCAACAGAGACUUUAUGUUCAACCAGGGGGUUCGUUUUAAAAAUUUAUAUUCUAAAAUUAUACCUCUGGCUUUUUGCGGAAUAAAACAGAAUAAAAGUUAAGUUUUCACUCGGAAAAAAAACGCGCCUACCUAAAUUAAGAUUCGUAUAAAUAAUCCAAUAAGUUUGAAAAUUUGCUCUUUUAAUUUGGAAAGAAUUGGAUGGACCCAUAAAUUGCAUUUGCUGAUAACCCAAACAGUUAUUUCAAAAAUAUCAAUUUCUCAAUUUCUCAACUAACGAAAACCUAAAAAAUAUUUUCAAUGCGAUUUAUUUUGUAUCUAACACGUGAAAAAUCUUCUUCAAUCUUGAUUUUUACAUUAAUUAGAGUUGUUCUUUCGAAAAAUUCAAGCAUAUGAAGCCGUAAAAAGUUCUGAUAAAAAAGCGGAAAACUAAACUUCGAAAAGGUCAAAAAUGGCUACAUAAAUGAACGUGAACAUCUCCUCAAAUCCAGCUAUUUAUCUUUUUUUUUUUCAAAAACUGAGCUUUCUGAAAAUGCCUUCAAAGCUACAAAAAUAUACAUCUAUUGAAAAAAAUAUUGAAAUCUUAGAGACAACUGAUUGACCCUUUUCCUACUUCUUUUUCACGUCCUGAAUUCGAAUCCAGAAAAUAUGUUUCAAAACUAAAAUUGAAGGUUUUCGUGUCGACGCCGACGGCGAUCCCCGUCUCGACCUACGAUAAACUGGCCAUGCGUCGGCUCUACAAAAGAACCGGUCGAUUCUUCUUCUAACCUUCUAAUGAACCGUGUUUUUCAUACUAAAAAUUGUUUUUGAUUCAAAUAAAUUUUUCCCGGUGUUCUCGACGUCAUAAAAAUACAGAAGAAAGUUCAAUCCCUUCAGGGCCCACUUUUUCAAGACCCAUCAGAAGUCGAUGACUCUUUUAAUCUUUUUGAACCGUCGUUUAAAAACUAAAAUUGUUCUUUUUUUAUUUCAAAUAAACUUUCCCGGUGUUCUCGGUGUCAUAAAAUACAGAAGAAAGUGAGAAAGUUCAAUCCCUUCUGGGCCCAAUUUUCAAGACCCUUCAGAAGUCGAUUCUUCUUCUAACCUUCUUAUGAACCGUGUUUUCCAAUUAAACUUGUUCUUUUCAUUUCAAAUAAACGUUCCUAGUGUUCUAAUCAUUAAGAAAUACAAAAAAGGAGGGGAAUACAAGGAAAAUCCCUCCAGGGCCCACUUCUCAAGGCCCUCAAGAAGUGCCGGUCGAUUCUCCUUCUAAUCUUCUUCUUCUUAUGAACCGUCUUUUAAAACUAGAAUUUUUCUUUUUAGUUCAGUUAAACUGUACCCGUGUUCUCAAGUUCAUGAAAAACAAAAGAAAGUGAGAAAGUACAAGAAAAUCCCUUCAGGGCCCACUUUUCAAGACCCUUCAGAAGUGAAUGUCGAUUCUUCAUCUAACCGCCUUUUUCAACUGAUUAUGCUCUUUCAAUUCGAAUAAAAUACGGAAAAAUUGAGAAAGAACAAAGAAAAUUCCAUUCAGGACCCAUUUUUGAAGGCUUAUCGGCGUCUUUGGCGCGACCGAAAGAUAAAAGAUUGCUCGGUGCUCGCUGAUGGGAAACGAAUCGAUAAUAAUUUUUCUUUGAUUUCAGAACUACAUUUCCUUUUCUUUUUUCAAAUUAAAAAUUAAAGGAAGGGUCGAAAAUGUUCGGGAAGUACUGCACCGGCGCCAUGCUCUUCCUCGCCAUUUGGGGGAUUUUCUUCACGGUUCGUCCUUUUUUUGGGUUUUUUUUAUUUUUGUGAAGAUUAGAGUUCACAAAUAUAAACUUAAAAAAGAAAUACAAAAAAUUGAAUUUUCAUUGCAAACAACAGCAUGUAAGCUUUGCACAUUCUUAUAGAAAUUACUGAUUUUUAAAAAUUUAAAAACGUCCGCUAACUAUAGAUAAAGCUUGAUAUCCGUAAAUAGGCCGUAAGAAAAAUUUUUUUAAACAAUCCUUAGUAAUUUUAAUUUUAGUUAACGCUUCCAGCUUAUAAAGCUCGCGAAAAAUCGCAUUUUUUCGGUUUAGUAAGCGAAAUAUUUUCAUAUUUUCGGCCCUACACUAAGAAUAACUGACGAGAUAAACGCGAGCUCGGUGGCGGUACAUUGACUAACUCGCAAAAAUGUCGCUUUUUUCUAGGCGCGAUCCAGCAUUUCUCUCGGCGCGACCUCGCAUUUUUCUCGGCGCCAUCUCGCAUUUAUCUUGCAUUUCGGAAAUUUUCAAAUUGCGAGAGAAAUGCGAGCUCGCGCCUAGAAAAGUGCGAGCUGGCGCCCAGAAAAAUGCGAGACCGGCGCGAGAAAAAAAGCGAGAUGUUUGCGAGCUCGUCAAUGUACCGCCAGUGUCUCGCGUUUAUCUCGGCAGUUAUUCUUAGUGUAGAUCAAGAAAAAAAAAGUCUGGUAGUAUUGAAAAUAUACCAUUUAUGUGAUUUUAAAAAAACUUUCUUGAAAUAUAGAGACAGGGAUUAGAAUUAUCAUAAGAUUCGAACAAAAAAAAAAUUCGAAAAACUGUUAUUUAGGAAGCAAUAAUACAUAAGAUGUCACUGAAAAAAAAAAUUCUAAUCGUGAAAAAUUCUAAAAACCGUAUUCUAAAACAUGUUUUAAAUCAAGAAAAGUUAUUAAAACGCUUCUUUUUCAAGUCAGUCUAAACAGCGCCGAACAAGUCUGCGAUUAAUUGAAUUUUUUUCUUAAAUCUUUCAAAUUUUUUUCUACAUAAAUCAUUCCAGGGGACACUCGGAGCCUUAUAUUGGAACCAAUCCGUGGGACUUUUCGAAAAUCUACCAAAAGAGCCGAAAAGCCUGCAAACGAACACGUCAGACUGGAAAAAGAGACCGAGUGCCUGCCUUCCAGAAGUUGGUUUUGUUUUUGUUUUCUUUUUUUUCAAAUCACUUACUGAAUUUUUUUGAAUCCAAGAAAAUUAUUAAGUGAGAUAUUGCUAGAAAACUUGAUGAAAAUAUUCUGAAUUUGUGAAAAAAACUUUUUUUAAUUUUUGUACCAGUAUUCUGUUACUAAAAAGGUUUCAAUGAGUUUCCGAUUUUUUUAAGGUUCUUUCAAAAUUCAUUAAAUUACCUUAUCAAAACUUUCUGUUUUUUUAUUUUUGAAAAAGAAAAUACAAUUUAACAAAAAAAUUUCGACUCACAAAAAUUCGAUUUAGCCGUUUGAAUAUUCUAACAUUGACAAAUUAUUUUUACCAUUAAAUUUCAAGUCUUUUUUCUUUCCUUCUCAAAUUUAUGGAGUUUUACAAGUUAUUAUCGCCUAAGAAUUCAUUAUCAUUAAUUUAAAUAACACCCCUAAAUUAUUUACCCCAGUAAAACUUGAAUACUGAAAAAUAACCCGAUUAUAUCAAAAAAAUUGACUGAAAUUAGCAUCGAAAAAAAAUUUUUUUCCACGUAUCUUUCACUCUCAUAAAAAUUGAAACCGAUAAAAAAAUUUAAAAAAAUUAUGUUAAUUUCCAGACAAUUCCAACAAAACGCUUACAAUUGCUGGGCCGCCGCCGCUGCUUACGCUGGAUUGACAGUUCUGCUAUCUUUCCGAGUUUGCUGCUUGGCUCGGGGGUGA